GGUAGCUUGAAUCAAACUAGCUCUAGUGGGAGAAGUGGUGACAAAAGGAAACAUAAAUAUUUUGCAUCUUCUAUCCCCAAUCCACAAGAACUCAUUGAGGAUGGACCUCCACCAGAAUUUACUGUUGAUGAACAUAAGCAUCCAACUAUUCAUCCCUGGCCAUCCAGUGAGUUCACAAAGGUGGUAAAUGAUAUCUUAAGAUCUGAUGGUUAUCCCUUGCCAGCUUAUGCUGACAGAGGCAUGCAUUUGGAAGGUGAUUUUGAAGAGGAAUUUGGCAUAGCCAUGUGGAGUGAACCCACUAGAAAAGUUGCUUCAAUGAAGUCUUGGAGUGUUGUCGCACUCGCUUCGUUCAAUGGCAAGGAAAGACAUUUUGCUUGCACAGGUGUAUCUAUAGACUGCAAUGAAUCCACCUCAAGAAUUCUGACUUCAGCAAGCUUGGUUAGAACUUCCGGUGAUGAAAACAAGAUUGUUGAUAACUUAAGGAUUGAAGUAUGUCUUCCAAUGGAACAACGUAUCAUAGGGACAUUACAACACUAUGAUCUAAGCUAUAAUGUUGCUGUUGUCGGCAUCCUGAAUUCUUGCAAAAAUCAUGCAGCACUAUUCUUUGAAGAACCUCAAACUAAGGUAGUAGUAGCUCUUGGGCGUGCCUUUAAAUCUGGAAAUUUGAUGGCCACAGAUGGGUCAGUGAUUGGCGAACGAGACAAAUUUGAUUGCAGAGAGCUUAAAUACUCCACUUGUAAAAUUACCAAGGCUGGAAUUGGAGGUCCCCUCUUUGAUUUGAAUGGGAACAUUGUUGGCAUGAACUUCUAUGACUCGGACGGAGCUCCUUACCUACCAAGUGACAUAAUUCAGAAUUUAUUGAGGAGUUUUUAUGCAGAGCGGACUGCUGCUGCUGGAAUUACGGAGAAGCCUAAUUAUCGUUGGCCGGUCCCUAAGCCAUAUUGGUAUUAUCCGAGUCAUCACCAGAAGCCUGAGCCAAAACACACAUCAUUUGAUUAGUUUUGAAGCUAAUGUUUUUUUCAGAUGGAAACGAAUGUAACUUGUCUAUGAAUAUAUGAUAAUGGUGUUCAGUCAGAAUUUCACUGAGGAAAUGUGUUGUGCUUGUAUUUAUUUUAUCCAACUUGUGCAUAAGUAAUAUGGUUACUUACACUGUUGAUGUUAUAAUGUUAAUGCUUGGCUA